UUAGAGAUAAAUUGGUAUCAAUAUUGCAGGUUCUUAGGGGUAGCUGCAAAUGCAGAUUUGGAAGAAAUAAAAGCAGCUUACCGGAGGCUAUCGAAGGAAUACCAUCCAGACACAACAGAACUUCCACUGAAAGCUGCAUCAGAAAAGUUCAUGAAAUUACGAGAAAUUUACGACAUUCUAAGUAACGACAAGAAACGUAAGUUCUACGACUGGUCUCUAGCUCAAGAAGCAGCGAGUCGAGAAGCCCAGAAAAUGAGGAUGAAGCUUGAAGAUCCCUACAUGCAAGAUGUAGAGAAUUGGGAAUCUGUACCAGACAUGGUGGAUCGUUUGGGUGGAAGAAAUAUGGAGUUAAGCGACCAGGCAAAGUCUGCUUUAACUUUUGAUAUUUUGAUUGUUAUUUUUUCAGUUUGUUGCAUUGUAUAUGUCAUCUUUUUCAAAGAACCAUACUGAUGCUGUACUCAAAAUGCUGCCCAUGUUAUUGUACAAUUGUGUAUAAAUAAUUAGGGAAAAUUUCAUAAGUGAGAAAUUAAGUAUGGUAUAUUUCAAAA